AUGCUCAGCGCCCUUGGGCUUCUCUGCCAAUUCGAGGAAGAAGCGGCCCACGCCCUCGAGAGCUACAUCGUCAAGGUUGAAAUAGACGCCCAGAGAGAGGUACGCGGCGGCGGGGCUCGGGCUGCGGCAGGUGUGGGUGGAGGCGGAGGCGGAGGCGGAGGUGCGGACCGUGCGCCCUCGCCCUCUUCGCCUCCGGAGGCCGGGAUCGGGGGCCGGGACGCCCUCUCCCACCCCGGGAUUCCCGCGAGCGGCUCCGACCGGCGCACACCUUGGGGCGCAGCGCGGGCGGCAGGUUGCACGGAAAGACGCGCGUUCCCGGCCGCAGCGCCCGCCCGCGCGGACCGAUCCGGGAGCGGCGGCCGGCGGCUGCGGGGCUCGGAGGCCGGCGGGAUGCGGCCGCUGCCCGGGCUCCGGAGCGAGGCCGAGCGGCGCUCCGCUCUCCGGCCGGACCCGCAGGUGUUCACUGUGCCAGAUCUAGACGGGUGGUGGCUCUCUGGGGAUGGAAGAGAUCCCUGUGUUUGGCUGGCCUUUGAAAGGCACCAUCUAUUACCGAUAAGUCACCGAGCUCCUCCUUGAACUCACAAAGGCCACAUUUGCACACAUGAAAACACCGCUCACCCACCAUCAGAAAGCACUGAUGGGUGUGCACAGAUCUAUCCCAGUCUGUCACACGCUGGCCUCUCUGCAGCCAAGAGCACACAUUACUUAGGCGUGACAUGCUAGGAUUGGGGGUUGGGGGAAUGGACAUUACCUGCCUCAUAGCCUGGAGAAAGUUCUAGAAUGACUCAUUCUCAAAUACAAUAAUGAUCCGAUUGUAAAAUAAACAUUUUCAUUUCAUUCAGGACAUGUUUUUAAGGGCUUGAUUAAGGACUAAGAUCUUCAGGAAAGGAGACCAGUUAUCAAUCUAAGCCAGUGCUUCCAUGGGGACACAGACUGCAGUGUGAAAGCCAUCGCCAUGUUCAAGAGGGUAAUUGAAUCAUGACUGUAAACCAUUGGAUUUUUAAAAAUAGUUGCACUGGGGGAAAUUCUAGGGAUGUGGAAUUUAGGAUGAGUGUGAGGGAGCCAAGCAAAUGCUCAUGCUUUGUAUGGAAUGUUCUAAAGUCGAGGUCAGUUUUUAGGUCUCUGGAAAAUGUGCAGAACAGGGAGGGAUUCAUCCUUCAUCUCUAACACUGGUUUUAAACAUGGCAAUAUUCUCCUCUCCUCCUUAAGCUUAGUUUCCUUUGAAGGUAGCGGGGUUGUACUUGGCUCUCUAACGAAGAUCCAGCCCAGCCUCCGUUCAGAACAGUGCGACCACAUAGGGCAAAUGAACUUUACCAGAGUAACAAGGCAUAUUUUAAUAUUCAGGGAACAUUAAUCUUCAGGUAAAUCGAUGCUACCGAUUCUUUAGAUUGAGGUUCCAGAUGGUGGUUUUAAACUAGGAUUAAUUCUAAUCAGGAGUCUGCAUUUUUAAAAUAUUUCUCCUCUCCCAGAAUUUCCUAUCUCAGUGAAAGUUGCCUUUGCCCAUCCAGGAGCACAAACCCAAACCUAGGUUUUUAAUUGGUUCCUUCACUUCCUUGGGCCAAACAUGUCAAACUCAAAGGCUAACACAAGCCAAAUAAAUAAGGAAUGCGGCCCCCUUGCCUUAGGCCCUCAAGUCCUCACGUUUUCUCUUGUCUGCCUCCCGGGUUUAUCUUGAAUCCGGGUAUUUUCUUCUAAUCCAAGCUGCCACUUCCUCUGCCUGGACAGCCUUGGUGGCUCCUAGCUGGUCUCUGUGCAGCUAGAAUGGUCUUA